GCCGCCAAACCUAGGGUUUACGAGCACGCUCCCUGUAUAAAAGAAGCGAGGCUCAGAGCCGCCCGGACUCCCGCAGCCGCCACCCCAACACCGGACCGGAGCGAGGCGACGCCGCUGCACCUCAUCUCCGACGAAGGGAUAUGGCGACGGUUCCAGGGGAUCUGAUCUGGCAGAUUGUUAGGAAGAACAACUCCUUCCUGGUGAAGGAGUUCGGCAACGGCAAUGCCAAGGUGCAGUUCACCAAGGAGCCCAACAAUCUCUACAACUUGCACUCCUACAAGCACUCUGGUUUGGCGAACAAGAAGACCGUGACGAUCCAGCCAGCUGCUGGAAAGGACUCGGCUGUGGUUCUCUCGACAACCAAGACCAAGAAGCAGAACAUGCCUGCGAAGGUCAACCACAAGUCUGUGAUGCGAAAGGAGUUCCGCAAGAUGGCCAAGGCUGUGAAAAACCAGGUUAGCGACAACUACUACAGGCCUGACCUAACCAAGCCAGCCCUCGCAAGGCUGAGCUCAGUGUACCGCAGCCUCCAGGUUGCCAAGUCUGGCGUCAAGAAGAAGAACAGGCAGCCCAAGCACUAAGCUUGUGUUUUGUUGAGGGACCUGUUGGUGCUCUUAGUCCCUGCUUAUUAUCUAUGUUCCAACAGUUUUGAGACUUGAAGUGAGACUUGUUAGAACUAGAGCAACCAUGUUAAAGCUGCUGCUGUGUGUCGUUCCAUAAUCACAAAUUGCUUGGCACUUGAUGAUGAUGAUUGCUACUUUUAUCUGGAAA